ACGGAGUUCUUGGCACGCAUCCAAGCCUCUCUCACUGCGGGAAUCGUCAAUUACGAAACUACCCUCCAAGCCGUGCCAAAAUUUCACUGUAACCAUUUCUUUGUAGAAAAUACAAAAUCAUUUCUCUCUCCCCUUUCGCGUUUCAUUUCAGAGAAAGAGAGAAAACAGCUAUGCACGGAACUUAUAGAGAGAGAAAAAAACAUACUGAAAUUGAAACCCUAGGUUUGGUACCUCUCAUCAAGGUCACGAAGUAGAUUAGAAAGAGCAAAGGAAAAAAAUGCUUUUAUUUCUUUAAUUUUCUAUAUUUUGGGUUUAUUACUGGGUGGGGUUUGAAUUAGGGUUUUGCGGGAUUGGUUAAUCUGUGUUUGUUUUCGAUUUGAAGUAUGUGAUUGUGUUUCGAGUAACUGGGGCACCUUGUGAAUGAUGUUUUUCAAACCAAUAAUUUUGAAAUUUUGUGAUGUGAGUGAAGUGGUUGGCUUCUAGGGUUUUUGUGUGUGUGUGUGUGUGGUUUCAAUGGGGAGUAUGGGUGACUCUGACAGAAAACGACGUCACUUUAGCUCCUUGUCCCCUACACCUGCCGCUGCUACUGCUAAGAAACUACCCUUCUUACCUGUUUCUGAAGACAAAAAGCUUGAUAUUGUUGUACUUCAGUAUCAAAAUCAAAAGCUUACACAGAAAUUAGAAGCUCAGAAGUUAGAAUAUGCAGCUUUUGAGAAUAAAUUUUCUCAACUGAAGCAGAGGCAAAGAUCAUAUGAUUCCACUUUAGCAGUGGUCAAGAACUCUUGGGAACAUCUGGUUAAUGAUUUGGAGUCAUCUUCAGAACGUACUAGAGAGUCAAGCAGCAAAUCAAAUUCUAGAUUUGCAUCAGUCAUGGAAGAUGGUAGUCCGUCUACUGUUCAGGAUGUUUUCCUUAGCAGACUUAUGCAAACUGGUGCAACUGAAUGUUCCUCCACAUAUAACUUUGCAAAUCAAAUGGAAGAGCAUAGAGAAAUUACUACUGAAAAAGCUAAAAGCGUUUUAAAAAAUAUAGUGACUGCUAUUGAUAACUUUUGGGUUCUGAAGGAUGGAUUGCAUGCUGCAUUACUGAAAAAGCUUCCUGGAGAUGUUUUAUGUAGGCAGAAAUUGUCUGCUGAUCUAGAAUUGGAAGUUAAAAACUUGAGAUUGGAAUUCAGUGAACUUCAUUUAAAGCACAAGACUAUUGCAAGUGAGUUCCAAAUUCGGAGAGAUAUUUAUGCCAAAAAUAAAGCUCACCUUGAAAGAUUAAAAGGGGAACUGGCAAGCACUGUUGCAGAUUUAGAUGAAAGCAAUCACAAACUUGCAACUCUUAAGGCAGAAAGAGAUGCAGCAAAAGGGGCAGUUCUCCCAGUAUUAAAUGUUGGAAGUACGCACAUUGCCAGUGAUAAGAUCAGAGACAAGCAAAAGGAUUUGGUAGAUAUGGAAUCUGCUCUGAAGGAGCUAUUGGACCAAGGUUCAACUCGAUUAAUGGAGCUGAAAAGUCUUCAUGAGGAAAGAAUAAGAUUAUUACAGCAGUUGUGUGAUCUUCAGAACACUUUGAAGAAUUUGUCGUGUAUUACUUCUUCCCCUGCAUUCCAAUUGGUUAGAGAGCAGAUAGAGAAGUCAAAAUCAGAAGUUCUUGAGUACCAGGCGUUGUAUGAGAAACUACAGGUUGAGAAGGAUAAUCUUGCUUGGAGGGAGAGGGAGUGGUACAUUAAAAAUGAUUUAGCAGAUGUUUUUCAAAGAUCUGUGGCAGUUUCAGAUUUUAGAGUGGCUGAUAUACGCUCUGAGAUACAGAAGCAGAUAGAGGAAAGAAAUGUGAUUGAAAAUAAGCUGAACGAGGAAGCAAGAGAACCAGGAAGGAAACAAAUUAUUGCAGAAUUUAAAUCUCUGGUUUCUUCGUUUCCUGAGGAAAUGGGGUCUAUGCAAAGCCAACUAAGUAAGUAUAAAGAAUCAGCUUCGGAUAUCCAUUCUCUCCGAGCAGAUGUGCAGUCUGUUUCUAGUAUUCUUGACAGAAAGGUAAAUGAAUGUGAUGUAUUAUCUGUUAGGUCUACUGGUCAACUUACUGAGAUAAAGAGGCUACUUGCUGUGGCUCAAGACUUGAGAGAGAGUGAGCGGGACUUGAAGUUGAUAUUGGAAAUGUUUAGACGUGAGUCCAUUGAUUCAAGGGAUGUUAUGGAUGCGCGGGAUGCAGAGUACAGAGCAUGGGCCCGUGUUCAAAGUUUGAAAUCAUCUCUAGAUGAGCACAACUUAGAACAUCGAGUUAAGACAGCCAUUGAAGCAGAGGCUAAAUCUCAACAAAGGCUGGCUGCUGCUGAAGCUGAAAUAGCAGACAUGAGACAGAAAUUAGAAGCUUCUAAAAGGGAAAUGUAUAAACUGUCUGAUGUCUUGAGAUCUAAGAACGAAGAAAAUGAGGCCUACUUAUCUGAAAUAGAGACAAUUGGACAAGCAUAUGAUGACAUGCAAACUCAAAACCAACACCUGCUGCAGCAGAUUACCGAGAGAGACGAUUAUAAUAUUAAGCUUGUUUUAGAGGGUGUAAGGGCAAGACAGAAGCAGAAUUCAUUGGUCAUGGAGAAGCGGGUAAUGGAACAAGAGAUCCAGCAAGCAAGCAUAUCCCUGAAUUUAUAUGAUAUGAAAGCUUCAAGAAUUGAGGAUCAGUUAAAGUUUUGUUCAGAUCAGCUCCAAAGACUUGCAGAGGAUAAGCUUGAAAGUUCUGCUGCUUGGGAAAAUACACAAAGAAGGCUGUUUGAUAUUAGAAAACAAUCUCAACUGGUUAGGGAUACAGUGGUGGAAAUGCAUUCUACAAUUGGAAGUAGUCGAGUGAUUCGUAUGGAGUUACAAGUAGAACUUGAGAAAGAAAGGUUUGCCAAGAAAAGAGUAGAGGAGGAUCUGGAGGUUGCUCGGAGAAAGUUUUUAUGCAUUAAAGAACAGAAUGAGGGCUCCUCCUUAACUGAAAAGCUUCAGCAGGAACUUGAAGAGUAUAGGGAAAUUGUCAAGUGCAGUGUCUGCCAAGACAGAGCAAAAGAGGUGGUAAUUACAAAAUGCUACCACUUGUUCUGCUACUCUUGUAUCCAGAAAGUUGCUGGGAGUAGGUAUCGCAAAUGUCCACAAUGUGCUGCUAGCUUUGGGGCUAAUGAUGUUAAGUCUGUUUAUUUGUAACUAGAAAUUUGGUUCUCUCCUGCUUGUUGAGCAGAGGCCGGUGUUCUUUUAAAAAAAGAUCUGGUGUAUACCUAAGAGGUUCAAUUGUAUGCUUAUGCCAACUGUUGAGAUAAGGAACAAUGGCAGCGAUCAAUGAGUGCCUGUCUCCUUUCAUUUGGACCAAAACUGAUUAAUUUUACUGGUACUUGUUCUUGGUACCACCUGUAUUCUUUUUUGAAUCUGGGAUGUUCAGUUUUACAUUUUUAAUAGAAAGAACUUGAAGCCAUAGGAAACGUGAUAUUUGUUCUUUGCAGAUUUAUCAAAAUACAUCAUCCAAUGCGAUUUGGAGAGGUCACGAAGGUUGGUCUUCGACCAUGCAAUUAAUAAUACAAAUUAUUCAAAAGUCUGAAUUGGCCUUCAUGGAAAAUUUCCUUGGAAGUUUACUCCUUAGAGUGCAAUGACAAUGUCUUACGUCUGUAGUCCUGUUUCCUGCUGAAAUAGCAGAAAUACAAAUUUUGGCUUCAAAGGCUUUUGUAUAUAUGUUAGUUUUUAAAAGUGGUCGUUCAAUUUUGUUUGUAACAGCUUGUAAUCUGUGUAAUUGUAGGUGAUAUGCCAUGUUAUUGUAAUUGAUGUUGUGUAAAGAUACGAAAGCUCCAUUUUGGUAUAAAUUGUAGCGUAUUGCAGCUAGUGCUUUGAACUAGAAAUUUUAAGGUUUAAUCGCACUUAUAG